CAUUUUCAUUGCGAAAAAAACAAGGAAAACAACGCAAAUUUUUUUUUGCAGUAGAAAAAAAGGAAAACCCCUAUUCUACACACGAAGAUUGUUGCCGAAACUAAUAAAUAUAGACGAAAGACUGAUCGCAGGAGUCAAGAAACAUGAUCAAUUCUGUACGCUUCGAGCGUGAAGAAAGUUGUGAACAUAUGCAAUUCAAUGUCCUCAACGAGAGUUUUGGAGCUGAAUCGCCCCCGUCACAAAACCCUGGGGUAACAAUGUCGGGCACCAGUACCAGCAGUACCACAAAUACAGAUGACUCCCUUGCGGGUGCAGGAAAUAUAUUAUGCACGCAUGAUGGUGUUCUCUUGAAAAAAGCUAGCGCCGAACAUAUUGCCGAUCUUAAUAACAGUGGUUCCUUGUCUUUGGUGGAAUAUGGACCGCCACGUAGGCUGUAUAUUGAAUGGAAACCAAAUGAAAACAUCUUGAUUGCUGACGAUAGCCAGGACCAGGAAGACUGGGCUCUAGUCGAUACAAUAUCUCGUAGAUCACGAACGAUAUCUGAAUGUAAAGCUUUCAAUACCAAACCCAUGGAGACCUCAACAGGGUCGUUAAAAACAAGGUGUAUACGGACAUGCCUGGAAGACUUGUCCGGCAUUGAAGUUAAACAUCGUGGCCAAACUUUACGAUUCCUACGCAAAUUAGAUGGCACCUUGCAUUCGGAGUUCUUUUUCCAACACGGCAAUGCAGAUUUGUUUGUACGAAGUAUGCGUCAAUUACACAUCAUCGAUAUGACACCCUCAACACGCAGUGGCGAGGAGUAUGUCAUCCUUACCACCGAAACCCAAAAACUGAAGAAAACAUUUGCUGAAUUGGAUAUUGGUGAAAUCAAGUCCAGUAACAUGGGCAAUGAAAGUUGGUUGCCCCACAAAGUUGUGGGAUUUUUGGUGAAUAUUCCCGACUACGUGUCGCAGAAGGCGCCACCACGUGUUAGACCCGGUUCCUUGGAUGCCAAAGAAAGGCAAAUAUCAUCGCCACCAUCGGACAACUAUCAAAUGGUUGGUUUGGCUGACAGCUCAAAUACAUCUGGAUCGCAUAGUAGGGGCAGCAGUUUGGAUAAAUCGCCCGACAUGGAUUCCAGUGGCAUGGAAAAUGUCAAAGAAAUAGAUGAAAAAAUUGUUCCAUCAUUGCCAGAAAGACGCACAGUAGAGCGGGGUAAACCGCUCAACGAAAAUCAAUGGCUAGAAUUUAUGACACCCGAAGGCCGUGUCUCGGAUUCGAAACGUGUCUUGGAAAUAAUUUUCCAAGGUGGCAUUGAACCUAGUCUAAGGCCAGAGGUAUGGAAAUAUCUUCUCAACUACUAUCAAUGGAACGAUUCGGAGGUGGAGAAAAUUGCAAGACGUAAAGAAAAAUCAAUGGAAUACUACAACAUGAAAGCCCAAUGGCUGUCAAUGACUACAACACAAGAGGCCAACUUUUCGGGUUAUCGUGAUCGCAAGUGCCAAAUCGAGAAGGAUGUCAAACGUACCGAUCGUUCGUUGGAAUACUUUGCCGGUGAAGACAACCCGAAUCUGACAACGUUGCAAGGCAUUCUUAUGACAUAUGUUAAAUAUAAUUUCGAUUUGGGCUAUGUUCAGGGUAUGUCGGAUUUGUUGGCACCCAUAUUGGCGAUAAUGGAAAACGAAGUCGACGCCUUUUGGUGUUUCGUGGGCUUUAUGGACAUGGUGUUUGCCAAUUUCGACAUCGACCAAGCCGGCAUGAAAACCCAGUUCAAUCAACUGCGUACCCUCUUGGAAUUUGCCAAUCCACGUCUGUUUAAGUACAUGAAAAAUCACGAUUCGGAUAAUAUGUAUUUCUGUUUCCGUUGGCUGUUGGUGUGGUACAAACGAGAAUUCUCCAACGAAGACAUACUCAAACUAUGGGAAUGUCUAUGGACCAAAUUACCAUGUCCCAAUUUUCAUAUUCUCAUCUCGGUGGCUAUACUGGAUCAAGAAACCGACAUCAUUAUCGAAAGUAAAUAUGAAUUUACGGAAAUUCUGAAACAUGUCAAUGAACUGUCGGGCAACAUAGAUCUACAGAAAACGCUAAAAAUUGCCGAAUCCAUAUACUAUCAAAUAAAGGAAGCUGAAAAUCUACCCAACGAAAUACGACAAAUUAUUGGCGAACCAUUAUUGGAACCCGAUCACCGGGAUGAGGACAAUAGUUCACCGCAAUCAUUUGAUGAUGGCUUUGAUGAACUGGUGCGAGAGCUGACACCAGAAGAAAUGAAACGAAAACAGGAAUUGUUAGAGGAAGCUUGUGAACGUUCCAUGUUUUUACAAUACAUGUAGAUGAAUGGUUAAGCACCUUCUUUUGUUAAAUAUUAUGUGAAAACUAAUUUUAAGUUUAUUUUUGUUUAGAUAUUUUAAUAACCUCCCUUUCCUUUGUUGAUACUGUGAAUCCUAUGCAAAUCCUACACCCACCCUUCAUUUAUAAAAAAAAUACAAAGUUUCUUUUUUUUACUUUUAGUAUAAUCAUCAAGAGAAACAAGUAAACUGAAAUAUAUAAUAAUAUCAAGUAAACAAUAAUGCCUACAACAACAACAAAAGCCACAAAAAUGAAAAAAAAUGUUUUAACAAAACGAUUUAUAGAAAAUAUUCGAUUAAAAGAUUAACACAAAAAACAAACAAUUGCUAUAUGUAGUAUACCAUGGCGAUAAUUUUGAUUUUUUUUUUUUUUUUUUUUGUCAAUAGAAAAUUAAGCAUUAUUAUACACUUACACACACCAACACACAAAGAAAACACAUAUGUAUUUCACUCGAUAUUGCCACAAAAUUUAAUUAAAGGGCAAAUAAAAUAUACCAAUUUUUUAAAAAUAUCAAAUGGAGAAGAA